AGCCGAGCGAGGAAAGCAGCUUUAAUUGCGGGGCAGCGAGAAAAGCCAGCGAUGGCUUCGCUCAGGCAGGAGCAGCACUACGGGCUCUCCUGUGGAAAAAACAACAAAACCAGCUGCAGCGGGACUCUGUACCAUGUCAAGCUCACGGACACGGCUAUCAGGGCGCUGGAGGCUUACCAGAACCUCAAGGGGUCUUUACCAAGCCAGCCAUCGAUUUGCUUCAAAGGAAACCAAGGGUACAUCAAGAUCCCAGCUCCCACACCGGAGUCACCUUCCUCGCUACGCGUCUUCUCCUUCUACUUGUCCAGCGACAGCAAAGACCAACCUCAAGCCAGCUUCGACUGCAUCCAUCAAUAUGUGUCAAGCGACGGCCGCGAGCAGCUGGAAGGUCAGGGCAUCAUCCAGGACAAGAUCACCGUGUGCGCCACCGACGACUCCUACCAGAUGACCCGUGAGAGGAUGUCUCAGGUGGAGAAGGACAGCUGGAGCCGCUCGGCCAUCGAGAUCAAACCCGGAGCCACACAUCCAAGUAAAUGUGUCAAGUUCCACAAGAGGCCAGCUCCUCCGUCUGCGUCAGACAGCGGCUUCCACAAGCAGGCUGCCAACAAUCGGAGGAACGGCAGCGUGACCACGGCGACCCAGAAGCCCUUGAGGGAGCGCAUCAUCCACCUGCUAGCUCUCAAACCCUACAGGAAACCGGAGCUGCUGCUGUGGCUGGAAAGAGAAAGAGCCGGCCCCAGUGACAAGGCCAAGCUGGGCGCCAUACUGGAGGAGGUGGCAAAAGUGAAUCCCAAAGACAGCAGCUACCUGCUGAGGGAUGAUUUCUACAAGCAUGUGCAGAGGGACUGGCCGGGCUACAGCGAGGAGGAGAGGCAGCUGAUCGGCAGGCUGCUGGCCAGGAAGUUGCAGACGCACAUCAGCCAACAAUCAGCAAAUGUGUCAAUAGUGAAGACCCCAGAGGACGCAUCGUCACAUCACAGCCCAGUGAAAAAUCCUGCAGUGAAACGCCCCGUGCCUUUUGACUCACUGGACAGACUCGCCGUUAAGAGACAAAGACUUGCGGACCAGAGGUCGCAGCAGCAGCCGGCAGCAAACGGACUGUCAAACAAUAAAGGACACGACGUUGCAGCUCCUUCCCUCAACCCCAGUUUCCACACAAAGACUGAGUUUCAGCGGACAAGUAACCAUACUGGAAACCCAGCUGGCUUACCAGGGGGCCACAGUGGCUUCCCUCUCAUGCACAAGCCGUCUCGCACCUCUAGCACACCUGUCUCAGAGAGCAGAGAGCAAGAACCCAAAGUAAGCAGCUACCAGCCUCCGCAGGGUGACUCCGACUGCACUCACCAGCAGCCCGCCAACAGCCAGCACAGGAAGAAGAAGUCCAAAAAGCACAAAGACAAGGAGCGGGAGAGGUUAAAAGACAACAAGGGCAGCGAAUGGUUAGAGACAAGUCCUGAUCUCAAGCAGAAAGCAGACAAACUCGACAAUCCUGACAUCACAAAUGCUGAGGCCUCUGAGGAGAAGCCAGAUUAUGUGCUCACAUACGGCCCCAUCAUGACUUUGGAGCAACGUCGGAGGUACCAGGAGGAUUUCUGUGCAGAGUACGAUGAAUACAAAGACCUCCACUCCCGCAUCGCAACCAUAACUCACAUGUUUGUUCAGCUGGGCUCCAAGAUCAAAAGCUUGUCCCCGGGGACACAAGAAUACAAGAUCAUGGAAGACCAAAUACUAGAAAAGUACAACAAGUAUCGAAAGAAGUUCCCAGGCUACCGGGAAGAGAAGAAGAGGUGCGAAUAUCUCCACGAGAAAUUGUCCUACAUCAAACAGCUCAUCAUAGACUAUGACGUCUCUCAGGCCUCUUCGUAGCAUCGGCCUAUCAGAUUUUUAUUUUAUGUGGAACCCAUUUCUUUGCAACCACACAGGUGUCAAACGAAGCGUUUUUGUUGAGAGUGAUGGUAAAUGUUUUUGGAUGAGACUGCAGAUGUCAACAUGGGCUGCUUCUUAUCACAAAGAGAUGUCUUGUUGAUUUGAAAAGUUUUAAAGGCGAGACAAAGGCAAGUAAUGAGAUUCUGGAUGUAAAAUGUAGCAGAUACGACUUAUUCUUAUUCACUUUGUCUUUUAAAAAUUGUGAAGUCAAACGUUGCUCCAGGCACGGUUUCCCCUUUUCUUUUCCAUCAUGUUCAAUAUGGAUCGCAAAAGUAGCGUACAUCUCAAUUCUACAUCAAAGUUACCUCAUUCAUCAUAUGAGUAAAGCAGGCGUCUGCAAAAAAAUGUUUCAAGUCAUUUCAUCUCAGGUUCAGCCUUCAUGUCUUAUUAUGCAAAUGAUGUGAGAACAUUCCACUUGUUCCCAUUUCAGUUUCUAUUAAUGAAGACUAGUUUAAAGCAGUUUCUGCAUUAGAUAUAUUAAAACAAUUUUUAAAGGGCCCAUAUUACGAUAAUCUUCAAACCUUUAUUUUAGGUGUCAUGUAGAAACAAAAGCUUUCAGUGUUUUUUUUUUUGGUUUUUUUUGCAUAAUUUGCAUUGCUGCAGCACCUCUAUUCGCCCUCAGAUGCUGCAUUUUAGCUCUCCUCUUUAAGGACGUUUCAGCAUGUUUCAGUCCUUUUCAAGGUGAAACAUGUGAGAGUUUUAGUUGAAAGCGACCAAUAAAUAACUGAAAUUAUCAACAGCAUGUGAAGAAUUAACAUUUUUGAUGUUAUGACAUCUACGCAUUGUUGCAAAGAUACAGUAUCUACUGAGGUUUGCAUGCUAACCCGCUAGCUCUGACCCAUCACAGUCAGGCCUCCAGAACAGUUGCCAGUUUUGAAGCCAGUUGUGGCCAAACCAUGUAAUUUCAUCGCACCCGAUGCACUGGGGCCAAAAGACACUUAAAAUCCACUCCAAUAAAAUAGGGAAAAAAAAUGUCUAGAAGUGAGGCACAAUUACAUCAUUUUAUCCCCAUUCAAGUUUGCAGGGUACUAAACCAGAAGUUAGCCUACUGUGUACGCUCUACUGGCUCCCCCACUGCUCUGUGGACUGCAACCUGCACGGCUUACUGUGCUAAUUAGCUAAUGGCAGCCAUAGUUAAAAGCAGCUGGUGGUUACAUGGUGAUGUGCAGCCCUCUAUGGGUGUGGAGUAUUAAUUCAGCAAGUGGUCGUGUUUUUUACAGAUUCCACUAAAAAGGCUUCAUUUCUGAAAACAAUCUCUCCAUGGAUUGAGUAUUUUUAUAUGUCCACAGUAUUUAUAUAGAAUGUAGACCUGCUUUAUUAUCACAAAAACAACUGGAGAGAUCACUUUCUAUAAUAUGGGACCUUUUAAAAAUGGAUUUCAUAUUGGGAACAAGUGAAAUAAUCUCACCCUUCAACAUAAAAUAAUAAUUUUACAACUCAGUAAUAUAUAAUUGGUGCAGUAAAACGAAUACAAAUAGUACACUGAAUGCUUGUGGCUGAAUACACUGAGGAAAAACUGGAUUAAGGCUCUCGUACAAUACAUUGCGAUACAUGCCGUCUCCCAAACGCACUUGUGUUGAAAGUAUUUACUUACCACAGCCCCUCUCUUCUGAAUCACUGGUGAAAGGGACCAAAACAGUUUGGUUUUAACAGACGAUUCUCCUCCCAAAUGUCACGACUGACAUCGUUAAUCAGGCACCGAGUCUAGUUUCAAGUAUUUUACCCAACUUUUUAUUUUCUUAUCUUUUUGAACUACUGAUGUAUUUAUUUUGAGCUACAUUCCUCUGUUCUGUGUUGUUGGUCUCUUCGGCUCGAAGGUCUCAUUAAAGUGUUUGUAUCAAAGGAGCCAGUGGAGCAAGGUGGAGGGAGGCUGUGAGUAGAUGAGAGGGUUGGUGUUUUCAUGAUUUUCUCUCCGUCCGCCUGAACAGAGUUGCGGAGAGUCACUGUGUUUAAAGAUGAAGUCAUUUAAAUAUUUGUGCUGAAACUGCAACAAAGGGCCUCACACGGGAGGUUAGCAGCCCCUUCAACCCACGCCGUUUCUGAAAUCGUUCUACAUAUUCACAAGAAAGAAGGAAACCAUGGAAAGCGUGGUGGUACGUAUUUGUUCCUAUGGGAUUAUUGGAGUCAACACCAUUACAACACUAAAUCGGGGACUUCGUUGUGGAUGUUGAAUGAUUUCAGAAACAGUCCUCAGAUAUUUGUUCUUCAGGGAAACAUGGAGCCAAAAAAUUACACAUUUCCAAUAACCUAACCAGUUGUGGUACUUGGGUAUUUUAAACUCUAGUCUGGAGGGUUUUAUAUUAUUCUGUUUAAUAAUCCGUGCCCAUUCAGGGGUUGUUGUUUGUUUUUGUUUGUUUUUUUUUGCACUAAACCCAGUCUGAAAAAAAGAGGGAUGAGAGGCUUUUGAAAUUUCCCAUCCAGAUUGUAAUUGUUCACUAUGGUCGCAGUUUUUUGUACUGAAUGUUACCACGCAGUCGAUGACGUAGACGCCUUAAGAUUUCACUUUUAUAGGACAAAAAAAAUAUAUCUCUUCAAACUGCCAAUAUCAACAAGGACUCAUCAUCCACACACAUCUGUUACCUGCCUUAUAUUACUGCUAGCUGUUAUAUUUAAACACAUCUUCGCCAUUUCACUGCUCAAAUGAACGCCAACAGUGGCUUUCUCACACGUUCGAAUAUUUACUUUCUGGAGGAAAAUGUUUCUAUUGUUAAUGUAAAAUAGUGUUUAGUGCACAGUUUGUGUGGCUUUCUCCUCAGCUGCAUUUGUAAUCCUUCUGGUACUCUUUAUUUUCAUAAUCGCCAUUAAGAUACACGGUCAGGUAUUUAUCUUUCGGAAUAUCACUUUGGUUCAUACUGCGGCUGAUAUUCCAAUUUACAACCCAUCUUACUUGGCUCUGAGCACACGAAGCAGUUUAAUUGGAUGACGGUGGUUCCGUGGCUCAAGCACAUAAAAGGCCUUUUGUUAAAAUAACAAUGCUCAAUCACUUUCAGGUAGCGCAUGUGCGCCAUGAGAAGGCUUCAAAGUGGGGAAAUGGUUGAGAUCUCUUACCAAAUCACUACAUGAAUUGUAUUUAUCUGAGCGAGUCUUAAUCACGAGUUCAUACAGCGUUUUGUCGCUUGGACCGGUGCUGAAUAUUAACAAGGCACCAGUGUGUGCUGCACAGUAGGUGUUUUUAUGUACCUGCUGAAGGGAAAGUGUCAUCCUGGUCACAGAGGAGUCAGAGUAUGCACUAUGAACUGAAUUUUACAAAUGUAUACUUUCUCUUUUCCAAGUUGUGCAAAGUUCUACAGAAUAAAAACAUCAAAGUCG